ACAGGUUCGCUGUGUUUCGCUCAAACGACGGUUGCUAUGUUUUGGUUUUCGCGCUUUUGAAAAUUACGAAAGCCACACAGUGCAUCGGUUUGUGCAUUUGAAUAAAUUUUUGUCUAUUUCCAACAUAGCAUGGGUGACUGGUUCCUGCCUUUAACAUUUUUACGACGUACCGAUAUUUUAUUUCCUAUCAGAAUAGCUGUAUUGCAUGUCGAAUUUCGAUUUUUGGCAUCGUAACCAUGGGGACCCAAAGCCAUCCACCUAGCAAUUUACGAUCAAAAACUAGUUAUUCUCUAUACGUCAGUCUUCGCCAUCAGCUGGACGACUUAGGCUACAAUAACUAUUUGUCAAAUGAUACUGUUCCAUUAGUGGAUAAACUAGUUAAAGAUCUCCUGUGUUACAAACAAUUGUGUACAGCAAACCCAAAUUCUCAACCAAGUGCAAGAAAACAAAGUGAACAGGCUCCGGCAGAAAGUUUGACCACAACAGAAUGUAGCAUUAAGAAUUUUGGCCAACAUUAUCGGCAGUAUUCCCGGGAUGAAAAGAUAACUAAUACAGAAGUAGAAGUACUGAAACAGGAAAAAUCAAAGCUUCAGGAACAAAUAAAUGAACUGAAAUUUGUUCUUGAUCAAAACACAACCAUUAUCCAAAGAUUAAAAAAGGAAAAUGAUACAAAAAGUUUACUACUUUUGCAGCUUCAAAAUGAAACAGCUAAGGGUGAAUCACAGGUUAACCCAUCCAAACCCAGCAUAGAAAAAGAUGGUGAUUUACCAGGGGCCAACCUAUCAAAAAUCCAGGCACUUUACAAGAGGAUACUAGCAGCAUCUGAUAAUCCUGCUAUUAUCGACUGGGUUAAGGCCGCUGAAGUAAAAAUCAGCAACUUGGAGCGUGAAUUGGACAACACCGGCAGAGCACUCGAUGUUAGCCAAAGAACUUGCGAGCAGUUUCAGAAGCAGAUUUUGGAAUAUGAAAACAAACUCAUCCAGCUCGAAAAAGCAGACAGAAACAGAGGAACCAAUACCUUUGCGCAACUGAAAUCUCGAAUGGAACAAAAGGAGCAAGAGAAUAAAGAACUACAGGCUAAACUCUCAGAAGCAGUACGGAACCAACAUGAAGCAAUGAGUAGAGCAAUUAUGCUAGCUGGCGACAGACCAUACAAUCACGAAACGGCUGCAAAAAACGCUAGUGCAGAGAAAAAAAUUAUUAGUCUUGAGUCAGAACGCAACGUGAUGAAACAGAUGUUAACCACCACUCAGAAAGAAAGGGAUGAAUUAAUGAAAGAAGUCCAUCGCUUACAUUCUCAAGAAUCCAUGUUGAUGAAUGAAAUUCGCGCUCUCGUAAGCAGUGAAUCAGCCUCACAGGGACCAAAAUCCAAGCAUGUUCGCUUUCAAACGAAUGACAAAAAUGCUUCAACAACGGAUAGUGGCGUCGAAUCUUCUGCCAGAUCAGCGACUAGUUCAGUUCAGGAGGAGGGGGGAGGACGCGGUCGCGAAAACUGGCUGAAGCGACUGGCAGAGCAGCGCCAGUUGUACUAUGACAACGUUCAUCAGUUAUUGAACUACAUGAAAAAUCGCCAAGGAUUGCCUACCGAACUACCGGGCGGUAAACCUGAUACGCAAAAUUCCCAGGCUUUUGACCCCAGUCGACCAACUGUUUUGCAGCAAAAUCCUCCUCAAACGAGUAAUGCAUCGUACAAUCUACCUCAGCAACAAUCACAGCGGAACAUUGAUCAACCUUUGCAUACGUAUCAACAACCUCCACUCCUCAAUUUUCAACAGCCUGAUCGGCAACAAGUACCGGCAGGGGGCCAGACGACAUAUAAUUGGCCUUCCGGUCAACCUUAUGGACCACAAUCUGAAAAUAUAUUUGUUCCACCAAAUCAAGAAUCACAGUCGAUAUCAAUGUCAACUGGGCAAUCAAAUGCUCCGCAAUCAAACACAGCUGUCGCUCAACAGAAACCCCAGUCACCUGCUCAAAAUCAAAGGAAUUCUGACGAAAUACCACCGCAGCAACAACUAAAUAACUACCAAUGGUAUGCUCAAUCUCAGAGAAAUGCUGGACAAACUAAUCCAACACGCCCGAAUUUUCCUGUUUGUGUUUGUGGGGGCGUACCACAAAACUUUUUGUCACAGUUCCAGGGACAGCCCGGAAUUCCUCAAACAUAUCAGCCCAAUCCAAGUAUGGGUCCAUUUAGUUAUCCACAAUCAUAUCAUGAUCCCAAUGCUGGCAUGCCCAAUUAUCAAAAUUCAUAUCAGUCACACUCCAAUGCUCACCCGCAAGGAUUUGUUCAACAGUCAAACGUUUCCUCCGCUCAGCCUGCUCAAGGGUUGGCUACCCACACGAGUACAAAAUCGUUUGGUAUUAUAACCCCCGACCAGCCUAACCACAGGAUUAGCAGACCUACUACAACAAACGUGCAUGACCGUAAAACUCAAACGGAAUCCGGAGCUUCCGCAUCAGCCUACACACCUACUACUGAAGAAAUAAGUAAACUACCAGAUCAGCUUCAAACGUGGGCGCAAAACGUGAUGGAGGAAAAGAAGUCAUUGAAAGAAAAGAAUUCCGAACUACGACUUGAAUUAGACGAAAUAAAGGAAAAUUCACAGAAAUCGGAUGGCCUAGUGACUGAUGUUACGGAAAAAUUUAAAAAGGCUGAAGAUCUGAUUUUGAAACUUCAGGCCGAUAUAGAAGCUUCCAAUACGAAGAUGCGUUUUAUGGAACAGAGCCUUCAGCUCGAACGCAACAACUUGCAGCAGCUUCGCCUCGAUAUUGACGAAGCCGACGGAAAUUCGUCCUCCCUAACAAAGAAAUUUGUUGAAAAAUCGACUCAGCUGGAUGCGGCGAAACAGCAAUGCCAACACUUAGAACAAACCGUAGGGGCGCUUCAGGAUCAGAUAAAGAGUCUUCAAAAUCAAUUGUUAGCGAUACAGAGCCAGAACGAAAUCCCAAAUCCAGUUGUACAAAAAUUAUUGAACGAAAUAGAAGGUCGCAAUACCCGCGUCCUCCAGCUAGAAAAACAAUUAUCUGCAAAGCAGGACAUUGUAACCCAACGAGAAAAAGAAGUCGAUGCCAUCAAUAAUAAACUCAAAGAAACGGAGCAAGAUCUCAAUGCAGAAAAGGCUAAAGUCUGGCAGCUGCAACAAGACAUGGAAAAUUCUCACGGCAAACUGAAGGUGACGGAGCGUGAAGUGUCACUUGAGAAAAAUAGGCUUCAACAGCUACAGGCGGAAAUAGCAAACGCCGACAUGAAUGCUGCCUCCCUGACGAAGAAAAUGAUGGAGAAAACUGCACAACUUGACGAGGCAAGGCAGCAUUGCAACGGGCUGGAACAGAAAGUACUGAGACUCGAAGAACAAGUAGGAAGUCUUCAGGGUCAGUUACGCAGCUUGCAGGUUAUACGUGCUCAGGGUGAAACCGAACAACGACAGCUUCUGGACGAACUAGAUGCAUGUAAGGCACGGAUUAACCAAUUGGAAAGGCAAUCAUCCACGAAGCAGGAUACAAUUACAAUGCUCCAGAACCAUAUUCAGACUUAUGAAAACAAAAUUCAGAUGCUCGAACGAGAAACCGGUGAGAAAAACAGCCAAGUGGAGUUGAACCGUCGUCAAAAUGAUCGCCUUGUUGACGAAAUUGACAAAGCAAAAAUAGAUAAUUCGUCACUUCGGCAAGAAAACGAGCGAUUAGUUGCUUCACUCGCCCAAAGUCGCGGGGAAUUGGAUCGCGAACGCAAAGGUGCUGAGGAUCUGCGACGAGAGAUUCAGUCGUAUGUCAAUCAUGUACGACAAGUGGAGUCCAUUUUGGCAAAAAAGGACGAAGAAAAAGAUGCUCUCUUGAAGCAGUUUCAAGCUUUAGCAAACGAGACCAGCAGCUUCGACACAGAAAGAGAAAAUAUGGAACGGUCCAUUCGAAGUCAGAAACAAGAAGUCACCACUUUGCAGGCAGAAUUAUUGACUGUGCGACGGCGGCUUGGAGAACUCGAACAACUGUAUGCACAACAGAAAACAGCUGGGGUUCAAUCAGAAAUGCAAGCCGACGAUUUAUUACGGCGAUUGGGUAUUUUGGAGCGAGAUUUGCGAGAUGAACGAGGAGAUAAGAUACGACUCGAACAGCAGCUUGCUGCCGCACACGAUCUCCAGAAUCGACUGGAAAAGCAAUUAGAAAAACUUCGAAUGGAAGCUGCCCAAGCUGAUUCAACCACUCAUCAGAUGGAAACUGAAACUACCCGGCUGCACGAGGAUUUUCGAGUACUCGACCAACGUCUAUUGAAAGAAAAGGAAAAUGUUCGCAAUUUAGAGUCGCUUGUAUCAAUCUUGCGGCAAGAGAGAUCCCAACAAGAAAACCAGAUGCGCACCAUGUCCCAAGACUUAACGCGAUUACAUCAUCGAGAGAUUAUUUUGCAAGAAGAAUUAGCGAAUGUGAAAGCAGAGCUAUGUGGCACUGAAGGCAAAGUUGCCGAUUUAAGUCGCGAAAAUCAACGCUUGAAACAAGAGGUUCUCCAAGAGAAGUUUGAGCGCGAGAAGACUCGACAAGAGUACAAACGCAUUGGCAAUCUGAGUCGCACAUCACCUUUGCUAUCCUACAAUGCCUCACCUGCUCCUGGAGCUUUGCACAACCUUUCAACCGCAACGAUAGGGACUGUUACUGUAGCUGGCGCAAGUGGGGGAUCAUCAGUCAGCUCGCCACGGAAAAGACAAACAGUUGCAGCACGUUUUGCAAACAAUGAAACACAGACAUGAAAGGUACCUUUUUAAUUGGCACAAAUUCUUGAGUUCGUUUUUUAUCAUCAAACCUAUUCUGCAUUCGAAAUAUAUUAUUCAUUUCUA